AUGAGUGACAACAGCAGCCAGGGGAGGAACAGCAGCGGUGGGAGGCUCUUCACAGGAAGUGACCCGGUGCGCCUGAGCGUAACCACGGCGCUGGCCCAGAUCUUAGUGUGGCCGUUUGUCUACAUCGACAUCUUCAUGUUCGUCGUCUUUCUAAAGCGGCGUGUACUCAGGGCCGAACCCAGAUACCUGCUCUUCGCACAGACUCUGAUCGCGGACACGGCCUUCCUCCUAACCACCAACUUUGUUGUGAUCACUUACCAGGUGUUUCUGCUGCUGCCCGUGGGCUCCUGCCUGCCUCUCAGUCUCCUCAUGGGGGGCCUCACUCAUGUGUCGCCCACCACCAUCAUAGCCAUGUGCUUAGAGCGCUAUGUGGCCAUAUGCAUGCCCCUCAGACAUGUUAACAUCUUUUCACCCGGCAGGACUAUGGGGUUUAUAGCAAUGGUCUGGCUCAUCUCUUUCUCCAAACCUUUUAUUGAUUUCAUGAUUUUUCUCAGCUACGUGACAAAGAGUUAUUUCGACCAGCCCGCGUUUUGCUACUACGAGAUAAUCCUCCUCGAGGAUUGGCACAUGAUCUUGAGGGGGAAUUUGUUCAUACUGAACUACGUGCUCGUUCUGGUGAUCCUGGUUUUCUGCUACGCCUCCAUCAUGCACGUCGCACGCAGAGCCUCGGGGGACAACAAGCAGGCUGCCUCCAAGGGCCAGCGGACCCUUUUGCUUCACAUCGCCCAGCUGGUCCUGUGCACGCUGGAGGUCACGGGGCCCUUGAUUGAGGCCAGAGUGCUGGAGAUGGGCAAUGUCAAUACUUACCUCAUUGUGCGCUACUUCAAUUUCCUGGCCUUCUCUGUUGUCUCCAGAGCCAUAAGCCCUCUGGUGUAUGGCUUGCGAGAUGAGAAGUUUAAUGCUGCUAUGAGAUUUUAUGCCAAGUGUGGAAGCAGUCAAAUCUCUGCAGUCAAAUAA